UGGGAAAUUUGCUCAAGAAAAUGGAUUCGGCGUUUUGUGAGGGCAAAUUUCACCCAACCGUUCGACCUAAAUCUGUGACUGCACGCACUGACAACAAAACGCAGAGGCGGGACAUCUCCGUGACGAUGGCGGCAACAGAGAAGGUGCUCGUCAAGGCCCUGUAUGCCUACAAGGGCCUCAACACCGACGAGCUGAACUUUCGCAAGGGCGACGUCAUCACCGUCACCCAGCAGCUGGACGGCGGCUGGUGGGAGGGCACGCUGGGCGACCUCACCGGCUGGUUUCCCAGCAACUACGUACGCGAGGUGCACGCGGAUCGCGCCGCGAGGGCGGGCCGCGCGGACGGACCGAAGCGCGAGAGCAUGCGUGGCUACCAUAACAUCGUGCUGCAGAACAUCGUCGAGACGGACCGGGCGUACGUCGGUGAACUCGAGGUGGCAGUCGAUGGCUACCUCGCUCCGCUGAGGAACGCCAACAUGCUGCCGGCCGACGACUACACAUGCCUGUGCGGCAACGUCGAAGAGAUCGUUGCGUUCCAGAAGGCGUUCGACGCGGCGCUGGAGGCGUGCUCGCACUUUGCGUACGAACAGCAGCGCGCCGGCGGCACGUUCCUGAACGUGGCGCGCGCGUUCCACGACCUGUACGUGGCGUACUGCGCGAACCACCCGCGCGCCGUGCAGGUGCUCGCGCGCCACCGCGAUGCGCUGGACGGCUUCGCGGAGUCCCGCGGCGCGACGCCGCCCGGCGCCAUGGCGCUGACGACGUCGCUGAGCCUGCCGUUCCGGCGGCUCGCGCGAUACCCGAUCAUGCUGAAGGAGCUGGAGCGGCAGGUGGAGGAGGACCACGUCGACCGCGGCGACAUCCAGCGAUCGAUAGCCGUCUAUCAGGAGAUCCUUGAUGAGUGCGAGUGCAUACGCCGGCAGAAGGAUCUGGAGCUGGAGGCGCUGACAGGAACAAUCCGCGGCUGGGAGGGCAAGCCGAUCGCGGCGUUCGGCGAGCUGCUGCUGAUGCGGAACGUCGCCGUCGUGAGCCCACCGGGCGGCGAGCGCAAGGAGCGAUGUUUCCUGCUGUUUUCCGACACGCUGGUCAUGCUGUCGUCGUCGCCGCGCAUGAGCGCGUAUAUCUACGAGGGCCAGGUGCAGCUGGUCGGCAUCACCGUGCGCAAGCUGGAGGACACGGAUGCCUUGAAGCACACGCUCGAGCUCUACGGCCCGCUCAUCGAGAAGAUGCUCGUGGCGUGCGCGUCGCCACGCGAGCAGACGCUCUGGCACGACACGCUGCUCCAGCAGAUCAGCGCGAGCGCGGGUGCGGCCGGCCGCCACGCCGUGCCGACGGUGACGACGACGGCGCCCCGCGCCGCGACGGCCGUUGCCGAGACGAGCAAGCCGCAGCCGCGCGCCGCCAUCCCGCUGCCGUUCCCGCCCGCGUCGCCCGGACCGUUCCCGGCGAUCCCGCGCGCGUGGAACAUCUCGCGGCUGCGGCCCGCGGCGCCGGCCCGCCCGCAGCCGCCUUCUGCCCGCAGCCGCGAGGAGGUGGCGAGCCCGCGCGUCGGCCGGCGCGCCCCAUCGCCACGCCGCCGGGGGGCGCAGCGGGACGAGCGCGCGACGGCGGGCGACCAGGUGGUGCUGCAGGUGAUCGAGGCGUACUGCACGAGCGCGAAGGCGCGCUACACGGUCAACUCGACGCUGCUCGACGCGCCGCAGGUUCUCAUCGCCGAGGACGAGAAGAUCAUCGUCGAGGAAACGAAGGGAGACCGCAUCGUCGUCGAGGAGCGAAGCCUCGUCGACACGGUCUACGCGCUCAAGGACAAGGUGGGCGCGCUGGAGGCGGCCGUGCGCGGUGUGCGGCGCAGCAUGGAGGAGGAGAGGCGCGCGAGGCGUCGCCUCGAGACACUGCUGCGCAAGUCCGUGCGCAGCCUCGUCGAGAUCAACUUCGAUGAAUCUCAAACGCAGGCGACGUUGUGAGGCCGAUAACCCCCCCUGGUGAUUCUUGCAGGCGAUGUUGUGAGUUAGAUAGUGCCUCCUGGUGUUCCUCGCAGGUGUCGUUUUGAGUUAGUGCCUCCUGCUGUUGCUCGCAGGUGACGUGAGUUAGAUAGUACCCGAUGGUGUUUCUCCCCGGCAACGUUGUGAGGCCGAUAGCGCCCCCUGGUGAUUCUUGCAGAUGAUGUUGUGAGUUAGCGCCCCUGGUGUCUCUCGCAGAUGAUGUUGUGAGGUAGAUAGUGCCCUCUGGUGAUUCUCGCAGGCGAUGUUGUGAGGUAGAUAGUGCCCUCUGGUGAUUCUUGCAGGCGAUGUUGUGAGGUAGAUAGUGCCCCCUGGUGUCUCUCACAGGUGAUGUUGUGAGUUAGGUAGCGCCCCCUGGUGUUCCUUGCAAACAAGAUUGUGAGGUAGAUAGUGCCCCCUGGUGUCUCAUGCAGGUGAUGUUGUGAGUUAGAUUGCGCCCCUGGUGUUCCUUGCAAACAACGUUGUGAGGUAGAUAGUGCCCUCUGGUGUUCCUCGCAGGCGACAUUGUGAGUUAGAUAGUGCCCCCUGGUGUUCCUCGCAGGCAACGUUGCAAGUUAGAUAGCGCCACCUAGUGUUCAUGACAGGCAAUGUUAUGAAGCUGGUACCAGUCCCUGCUGCACUCUAGUGUUACUCACAGACAUUGGAAUAAGACCUUGCUGCCCUCUGACGUACCUUAUUCAGCAAGACUGAAUUCCAGCUAUCCUCUGGUGUUUUUCACAGCUGAUGCUAUGAGACCUCUGCUGUCCCUGGUGAUUAUUUGACAUCCCUUUGCACUUUUCCUGGUUCUCAUCUUUGUGCACAUGGUAAAUUUGUGUACAACACUUUACUGCCACCAAGCCGUAUGUGGAUGUGAUUAUACUCAAUUCAAAACUGGUGAUUCGGUUUUUCCUUUUAAAUAGAUGUGGCAAAUCUAUUUUGUUUUUGCGCAGGCUAGCUCUGACAGAUGCGUAGGACUGUAAUGUCAAGAUAUACGAUGGGUAAUUCAUCGCACAUUGGAAAUAUGCAGCUCGAGCACGUGCGCAUGUGUAGGUGUGCCACAGCCAUUAUUGAUUCAAACAGCAGCUAGGUAAUCUUGUUUUGCGUUAUUUAAUACAGCAAUGGACAACAUUCUGUGUGAGACGCACCCCCGUUCUAUUUCUAGAAGAACGUUUUUGCUGUGCGUAGCUGCUGGAUUCUGCUUGCUUGCGUGUGUAGCAAUGCAGACUCAUUUCUCGGCUGCUCUGUUUCGAUUAGGAAUGUUAACACUUGUGGUGAGUUUUCAUUUUACAGCUCAGCCGACAUCUGUUCUCUACAUCUGUCACACAAACUCUCUGUUUAUUGAGAUGUACAACAGCAUUAUCAAGUUACCAUGCUACUGCCAUGCAUUGCUGCACUACCAUGCACUGCAUCUACACUGAAUGUUUACUUAUCCCUGCCUGCCAGAAACACAAAUUGUAACAAUGUGCAUACAGCACAGACGUUAUAUUCGAAUUAGCAACAGGUGAAUGUGAAAUUACGAAGUAAUCAUUGGUGUCUGUGUAGCGGCUGAUUGGUUGUAUAUCUAUUUGUUCAACAGACACUUUUUUUGUUAGUGUGCCUUUCCUGCUUGUAUGUAAUGUAAUUGAGUUAUAAAAUGUGCACACUCCAUAUGUUUAUAUCAUGCUUGGAUUCUACCUUAGGUACUGCUUGCUAUGAUAAACUGUACUGAUAAUUAUUGUAUUCUCGCGAGUGCUUCCACUCUAGCUAGUCUAAAAAAUGUCCUUUGUCCAGUUGGAUUGUUACCGAGUUUGGAGGUUAAGUUAGUGUAAAAAUAUAACUAAGAAUGGCAAUGUGUAAGCUCUGGAAAUUUGUAUAUAUCCAUAUAGCUGGAUUUAAAAUAGCUGCAAUAUUAAAGUUAUUAUAGGUGGCUAUUUGAUAAAAAUUUCAAUGAUUGCUAUCAUUGCAGUGUAUCCCGUACCGUAUAUAGAUUGGCAUGCUUGCAUAAUCUUACUGUGAGGUAAGGAAGGAAAAUAGUGAACAUACAUGUAGAUCCGACCAUUUAACUAUUAGACUUGUGUGCAUUUAUGAAUAAAAUGGAUUUUUUAUUUGUUAAUGUCUAAAAUAUAUAACAACAUACGGUGCAAGCAUCAUCUAAGCAUGGCAGAUGAUGUCGCAUUCUAAUACUAAA